AUGGUUAAGCGAGAAUUGAAUAUUAGUCAAAGUAUCGAACUAACUCCCCAUACUUUACGCCAUGCUUUUGCUACUUAUCAAGCGGAAUCUGGUUUACCGCUGCCACUUUUACAAAAAUUACUAGGUCAUUCCAGCAUUCGCACUACCGCUCUUUACUGGCAAAAUAUUUAUCAGGAACCCAAUGAUGAUGCAGGUUCCAUCUUGGCUGGUAAAAAAUGGUUAGAAAGACCCAAGUCUUCCCAAAAGAAAAAUCCACCCAAACCAUCAAUCGCAGCAAAUUUUGCUCCGCUGAAUAAAGUAAUCACAGAUUUUUUAUUUCCUCAACUGCCAAAAACUCCCAAACCCAUUUUUAUAGAACAAGAACCAGCAAUUUUAUCACAAAAACUAAUUCAGCAGGAAAUUCCUUAUCAGUUCCAAAAACACUUAAAAAAAGACCAGCAAAAUUAG